UAUAUAUAAAAUUAUUAUACCCUUAAAAUAGAUUGAUUUUGGAAACAGUUGUUCUAUAUAAUCACAGACCAAACCUACUACCUUUUCUUUGAACUGUUUAUUGAAGGGAGAAAAAAACCAUCCUCCGUCAAUCUAUGGCCAAAACUAAACCACAACUCUGCACCGCCCCCCUCCUCCUCCUCCUCUUUCUCCUCCUCACUACUACCAUAACAACAACCGCGUUCUCCUUCUCCCGUUCAUACUCUCAGUACAAAACCCUUUUCUCUCUCUCCCAUUCUCUCCUCACCCGCGUCUCCAACCUCCGCGCUUCCCGCGGUGACAUCUCAGGUUCAAAUCGGGCCAAGCUAAUUGCACAGAAGCUCGAGCGAGGGUUGGGAUUUGGGUUCUGGGGAUUGUCUUGGUCUGUUGGUUGGGAUUAUGCUAUAAACUACGCCUGGGGUCAUUUUGAUUAUAGGGAAUUGUACGGUGCUGUUUCGGAGAUGAAUGAGUUGCUGAGAUUUCUUGGUGAGUUGACGCGGUCGGGAUCGGAAAUUGAGCGAGCCACUUGGGUUGCCGGGAAUUACAAAAAUGUCCUUAGUGUUGCUCAGUCGGUGUUACGACGGCUUGUCAAAGUGUUUCGUCAAUCGGGUCCAUUAAAGGAGGUGGUGGAGACUGUACAGAGAGAGGUAGUGGAGGGUGAUUUGUUAAGGGACUGUCUUGAAUUGGGGAGCAAUGACUUGAAAGGUUUGGUUCAAAUUGUUAAAGAUUUGGCAUCACAGUUUUAUUCUUCUUCUUCUUCUUCUUCUACUGCUUCCCAGGAUGAUUACAAUAGCGAUCUAUGAUUUAUGUUAAAAUAAUGUUUGAUUUCAACAAUAUAUACUUACUAAUUGUCUCAUUUGUUUUAAUGUAAAUACCCAUUGUUUAAUGGUGGCAAAUGAAGUGAAUAUUCCAGCACA